GUGUGGUGAGCACUUUUUUAUUUUUGUAUCUCUCAAUAAUAUCCUCCACAAACAACGCUUACAAUAUCAGUGAUAUUGAAGUACUAGAAUCUCGUGCAUCUUUGAAUCAAAUUAUCAAGCCUAGUUAUUUUAUUUUUGUAUCGGUAAGAAAGAGAAAGGGAGUAUGCAACAGAUGCUGUAUUGCUGAUUUGCUUGUGAGUUUAAAUCCACAGUAAGAUUUGUAUAACUGCUCAUCGCGUGAUCAUGAACUCCCCGCUUGAGACUCCCAUGCUGCCGGAAUGCAAAGACUCCACUUUGACUCUGCAGUACAAAAUCCCCACAGAACACUUUGUGGUAUGUAACAAUUUGUCGUCGUCUCAGAAUCUCUCUUACACUGUCGAUAUACGCGUGGGAAAGCAGUGGGCUCACCCUGAGAUUACCGAACAUUCUCUGACCGUCAUUAUCAAAGUGCAACAAUCCGAUGGCCGAGUAUCCACCAAAGUUGUACCGGACGCAAAGACUGUUGCAAUUGUGGAGGCAACUGUCAGGGGAAUACGUGACGGAAAUGUGAACGUCGAGCGGGGAUACGAGGAUGCUGCUCAAUCCGUUCAGCGUCUCGUCAUUCCGCCAUAUUAUCCCGAUUUGCCCUACGAAUUAGACAAAGCAAAAGGGCGGCUAAUCCAUUUUAUUGUAUCCUACCGUAUCACGCACCGCCGCAGCGAUCUGAAGAACCUUCUAGACACCGGUGUUUUGACCGACUGUACGCUGAUCUCCAGCGAAGGAAACCAGUUCCCCGCCCAUCGCGCCAUCUUAGCGGCUCAGUCACCGGUCUUUGCCGCGAUGUUCCAGCAUGAUACCAGCGAGAAAGCCACCGGGAUUUGCAAGAUUAUCGAUUUCGAAGCAAACAUUCUGCAGUUGUUAAUCCAUUUUGCGUACACCCGGGAGCUGUCGGCUGGAGACGGAGGACAGCAGAUUAUUAAGCUGUGGUACGCCGCUGACAAAUAUGACAUGUCGGAUCUGCGUCAUGCUUGCGAAGACGCGCUGGUGGCAUCCGUUAAAAACGAAAACGCGUUCGAAUAUUUUGUUUUCGCUCGGGAACGAGGUUUGCAGGUGUUGCAAAGGAAGGCUGGCAUCUGCAUCGGCAAUAACCCACUGAACGUUUGAAGCGACAUUCUAUCAUUUUGUAUGCACAUAGUAGUAAUUAUUUUGCCACUCUUAAUAUGACUGUCUGUAAGUGCUGCUAGUAUUUCUGAUCGAGAGUUUUGCAAAAAACUCUGGAGAAGUGGCAAAUGUGGUAGAACCGUUCAAAUUAGCUUAUCUGCUUUGAGUGGGUUUUGAUUGCGGACUGACUGAAGAAAUCAAAUAACCUAAAACUGCCAAGGUGUGCACUGUGCAGCCGUUUUCACUGGGUGUUUUUGCGACAUUUGCGGCUUUUACUGCGCCAUUGCUUGUGUGCUUGUCACCGUGUUUCAAACUCUUGUGUUUUUGUUGAAACACUGAAUACUUCCUCUAUAAAAU